CAAAACACUUGAAAAUAACACAUAAAAAGCGUUAAUACCUAGUACUUACUAGUUUUACUACUACCAUGUCCUCCUCCACCACCGCCAUCAUCCUCGCAGCCGCCAUACUCCUCCUCUCGUUCACCUUCUCGUCCGCCAGCAAUCAUCCACAACCUUUUAAAAAAAUCUACGCUUUUGGAGACUCGUACACAGAUACCGGAAACACAGCUUCAGGAACCGGUCCCAAUGCUUUUGUUCAUGUAUCCAACCUUCCAUAUGGUCGUACAUUUUUCCACCGCCCAACAAAUCGUUACUCAGACGGUCGUCUAGUAAUUGACUUUGUAACCGAAUCGUUAUCAUUACCUUACUUGCCACCUUACCUCGAUGACAAAGCAAACACUUCCAAUGGUAUCAACUAUGCUGUCGCAGGAUCCACCGCGAUUCGUCAUCAGUUUUUCGUUAAAAAUAACCUUACUUUUGAUAUAACACCUCAAUCUUUACAAACUCAACUUGCUUGGUUUAAUAAAACAUUACAAGCACAACAAUGUAAAAGUGCUAUAUCGACACCGAAUGAAUGUAUGGAGGUUUUUCGAGACGCCUUGGUUUGGGUUGGCGAGAUCGGAGCUAAUGACUAUGCAUAUACUCUUGGAUCGACGGUCUCCGGUGACACCAUUCAACGGGGUGCCAUUCGUAGUGUCACAGGGUUCAUUGAGGCGCUGCUAGAAAAAGGUGCAAAAUAUGUGGUGGUCCAAGGUCUCCCCACCACUGGCUGCCUAACCCUGGCCAUGUACCUCUCACCCGAGACUGACCGUGACGACAUUGGCUGCGUAGCCACGGUCAACAACCAAAGCUACAUACAUAACACCAUCCUUCAAACCAACAUCGACAUGCUACGUAAAAAGUAUCCAAAUGCCAUCAUUGUUUAUGCUGAUUACUGGAAUGCUUAUCAUUACAUUGUUAAAAAUGCACCAAAGCUCGGGUUCCAUGAGCUUUACAAAGUUUGUUGUGGGUCCAGCGGUGGACCCUACAACUUUGAUGUGUUAGCUACUUGUGGGUCACAGAACUCGAGCUCGUGUCAAGACCCUUCUCAAUAUAUCAACUGGGACGGGGUUCACCUUACUGAGGCUAUGUAUAAAGUGGUUUCCGAGCUGUUCCUUAGGGGUCCUUAUGCUAAUCCACCAUUUGAGGACUUGUUGAAAAGAAAAGAAAACUCGGGAUAGAAGACAUUGAGAGUGUCUUGGUAGCUUUUAUUCACUUAUACCACUUCCUUUUAUUAUUGAGGCUUUCAUUUGAUUAGUCAUGAUUGCAAUUUUUGCUUAUUACAGUUCUCAAAUAAAAUCCAUAAUCGAUAUGCUUAGAGCAUCUAUAGUUCAAAAA